GCUAUUUAUUUCGCAAAUAUAAAAUAUUUUUUGACUUAAAUAAAAAAAAAACGUGCUAAAGUGUUCAAGUAAUUGGCUUUUAGCCCCAAACAGCCUAAAAUAUGUCUGCGUGCAUCGAAAUACCGCUGCAGGACACAGAUGAGGUCAUUGAGGUGGAUCCGGAUCAAUUGCCGGAAUGCUCCGAGGUGUUCAGCAUACUAUUGCAGGAGCGCGCUCCGCUCCGCGUCUGGGUGGAGGUGGCGUUGGCUUACUACAAGCAAAAGAAAACGGAUGACUUCAUAACGCUGCUUGACACGGCACGCGAGAAGGGCACCACAGAUUAUCGUGAUUAUAAGACGGACCAAAUGAAAGCAUAUGACAUGCUUGCCGCGCACUAUGUGCAGGAAGCGUACCGUGAAAAGUCAAAGGACAAGAAGCGUGAGCUGUUUAUGAAGGCAACGAAUUUGUACACCAGCGCCGAUAAGAUCAUUAUGUACGAUCAGAGCCAUUUGCUGGGUCGCGCUUAUUUCUGUUUACUGGAAGGUGACAAGAUGGACCAGGCUGACGCACAGUUCAAUUUCGUGCUUAAUCAGUCGCCCUCAAACAUACCUUCUCUGCUGGGUAAAGCAUGUAUUGCGUUCAAUCGCAAGGACUAUCGUGGAGCCAUGGUAUUUUACAAGAAGGCACUUCGAACGAAUCCCAACUGCCCGGCCAAUGUGCGAAUUGGCAUGGCCCACUGCUUUCUGAAAAUGGGCAAUGCUGAGAAGGCGAAGCUGGCCUUUGAGCGCGCUCUACAGCUAGAUCAGCAAUGUGUGGGCGCUUUAAUUGGCCUAGCGGUGCUUAAGCUCAAUCAGUUGGAGCCAGAGUCUAAUAAACUGGGCGUUCAAAUGCUCUCCAAGGCAUAUACUAUUGACAAUGCCAACCCCAUGGUACUUAAUCAUUUGGCCAAUCAUUUUUUCUUCAAGAAAGACUACCAAAAGGUACACCAUCUAGCACUGCAUGCUUUCCAUAACACCGAGAAUGAAGCCAUGCGCGCUGAGAGCUGUUACCAGCUGGCGCGCAGCUUCCAUGCUCAAAACGACUACGAUCAGGCCUUCCAGUACUACUAUCAGUCCACGCAAAUAGCGCCAGCCCACUUUGUGCUGCCCCACUAUGGUCUAGGUCAAAUGUAUAUUUAUCGAGGUGAUACAGAGAAUGCGGCGCAGUGCUUUGAGAAAGUCUUAAAGAUCCAACCGGGCAACUAUGAGACAAUGAAGAUUUUGGGUUCGCUAUAUGCGCAUUCCAAUUCGCAGACCAAACGCGACAUGGCCAAGACGCAUCUCAAGAAGGUCACAGAGCAGUUUCCGGACGACAUUGAGGCCUGGAUCGAGCUAGCGCAGAUCCUGGAGCAAAAUGAUCUUCAAGCAUCCUUGAAUGCCUACGGCACCGCAUCAAGCAUAUUGCGCGAGAAAGCAAAGUACGAGAUUCCUGCGGAGAUACAGAACAACGUGGCCGCAUUGCACUAUCGCCUAGGCAACCUGAAAGCGGCACGUGACGCACUGGAAUCAGCAUUGAAGCACUCCAGCUGCGAGAUGGACAAGGAUGUAAAGUACUAUGAGUCUAUACAGGUGACCAUGAAGUACAAUUUAGCGCGCUUGAACGAGGCGAUGAGCAGUUUUGAUGUUGCCGACAAGCUCUACAAGGAAAUUCUCAAGGAGCAUCCCAACUAUAUAGAUUGUUAUUUACGCCUGGGAUGCAUGGCGCGUGACAAGGGUCUAAUCUUUGUAGCAUCCGAUUUUUUCAAGGACGCAUUAAAUAUAAACAAUGACAAUCCUGAUGCCCGUUCGCUACUGGGUAAUCUGCAUUUGGCGAAAAUGCAAUUUGCCUUGGGACAAAAAAAUUUUGAAACGAUACUUAAGAACCAGGCUACAUCUACGGAUCAGUAUUCGUUAAUAGCGUUGGGCAACUUCUCGCUGCAGACUUUGCAUCAGCCGAGUCGGGAUAAGGAAAAGGAGCGCAAGCAUCAGGAGAAGGCUUUGGCCAUUUAUAAGCAAGUGCUACGCACAGAUCCCCGCAAUAUUUGGGCAACCAAUGGCAUUGGCGCGGUGCUGGCCCACAAGGGCUGCAUCAUAGAAGCGCGCGAUAUCUUCGCGCAGGUGCGUGAAGCCACCGCAGACUUUUGCGAUGUGUGGCUAAACAUUGCCCAUGUCUAUGUCGAGCAAAAGCAAUAUAUAAGUGCUAUACAGAUGUACGAGAAUUGCAUGAAAAAGUUCUUUAAGCACAACAAUGUGGAGGUGAUGCAGUAUCUAGCACGCGCCUAUCUACGAGCCAAUAAGCUGGUAGAGGCAAAGGCGGUGUUGUUGAGAGCCAGACGAGUUGCUCCACAGGAUACAGUGUUGCUGUUUAACAUAGCUGUGGUACUAUCACGUCUGGCUAUGGCCAUACUCAAGGAUGAAAAGUCAACUCUGGAGGUGGUGCUGCAGGCGGUGCAUGAGCUUGAGCUAGCUCACAAAUACUUCCAAUAUUUGUCACAGCAUGGUGAUAAGACGCGCUUCAAUAUUGAGGUCGCCGGUGUGGAGGCCAGCACCUGUCAGGAUCUGCUAUCACAGGCACAGUACCAUGUGGGACGCGCUCGUCGCAUUGACGAGGAGGAACGUUCGCUCCGACGUCGCCAGGAGGAGGAACGCGAGGCCUUUAAACUCAAAGUCGCUGAGCAACGCAAGCGACGUGAGGAAGAGGCCAAAACAUCGCGUGAUCAGCUGCUGGCCAAGCGCCAGGAAUAUGUGGAGAAAACUAAAAAUCUGCUCAUCAUAGCUGAUGGACCCAGCGACAAAGAGCGCAAAAAGGGCAGCGGACGUCCGCGUAAAGAUGACUACAUCUCUGGAACAGAUAGUGGCAACGAUGGUGCGGCACCACGCGAGGAACGCGCUCCCACUAAGAAGAAGAGCAAGGGCGAACGUAAAAAGGGCAGUGGGCAACGCAAACGCAAGACAGAGCGUUAUGAAAGCGACAGCGAGCCAGACGACAACGAGCCAGAGUCUGGCGGCAAGGAUACAAAGCGCAAGAAGAAACAAAAUCAAUCGAACGCUAAGAAGUCCAAGGAAAAGCUGUCUGCAAAGCAACGUCUUAAGAUUGUCUCCAAAGAGACAAUAUCCACCAGCGAGUCCGAGAGCGAUGGCAAACGUAGUCGCAGUCCUCGAAAGAGUGGCAGUCGCAGUCGUUCUGGCAGCCGAAAGAGUGGCAGUCGCAGUCGUUCUGGCAGUCGAAAGAGUGGCAGUCGUAGCCGAAGUCGCAGUCAUAGCGGCAGCCGGAGCGGUAGCGACAGAUGGGUAGCGCCCAUGGACGCAAGCGAAGUCGUAGUCGUAGUGGCAGCGGCAGCGAAAGCGAUGGUGUUGCACAGCAUAAGCGUUGUCAAGAAUCGCAUUGACUCUGGCGGGGAAUCGAAUAGAUCUCGUUCCCGUUCUGGCAGUAGAUCGAAAUCGCGCUCAAAGUCGCCAUCACGUUCACGCUCUCGCUCUCGCUCUGGAUCCGGCUCACGUUCUCCCUCACGAUCUCGAUCUGGCUCACCAGCGGGCAGAAAUUAAGAGCUAAUCAUAAUAUGCAACUCAAGUGGAAUGAUACAUUAAAUACAAAACAUGUGAAACUGUA